GUACUCGUUCAAUUAAAAACAAUAAUGAAGAAUUUUACCUACUUGAGCCAAAAACAACAUCGUUUUUGUAGUUUUUUCCCACACAGCCUUGGAUUCUUUGUCCAUUUUCUAGCCUUCCAUGUCCACCCCUUCUUCGUUCAACUUUGUUAUUUCGUGAUCCUUUCUCUGCUUGGUUACCUAGGUCUCAAGGUCUCAAAGCCUAGAACCCCCGUUAGACCAAACGACUUGGACCUCUUUUACACUUCUGUUUCUGCUUCCACAGUUUCAAGCAUGGUAGCUGUUGAAAUGGAGGUUUUCUCCAAUUCUCAACUAAUUCUCCUCACCCUUCUCAUGUUUGUUGGUGGCGAAGUUUUCACUUCCGUGCUCGACCUUAUAUUUGCUAGGUAUAAAUUCACCCAAAGUGUCCAAAAUAAAGUUCCCACCCAUCAUUCAUAUCAGACUCAAUCAGAAUUUUCUCCAGUGGAACAUAUAUGUGGUUUAGACAAAAAUAACGAUAACACCAAUCCUUUUUCACCCACAAAGAAGCCCCCAAUUAAUGCCAAUCAAAUUGAACUUGGUUUAGUUUCUAUUCAUCACUCAGAAUCAGAAAACCACAAACCAAGUGAUAGUAAACUUCCUGAUACAUAUCUUCAAUUCCUACAGAUAAAAAAAACUAAAAGUAAUAUUAACGUUCCAAAGGGCACGGUAGAGUCCUUUAACGACAGUGAUAGACUUAAGUAUAACUGUCUUAGUUUCCUGACUUUUGUAGUUUUAGGUUACCUUGUUGUGGUUCAAUUUGUUGGCUUUAGUUUUGUGUCUUUGUACAUAACUUUGGUACCAAGUGCAAGACAAGUACUGAAAAACAAAGGCAUAAAGAUUGCAACGUUUUCCUUGUUUACCAUAGUUUCCACGUUUGCUAGUUGUGGUUUCAUCCCCACCAACGAGAACAUGAUGGUUUUCAAGAAGAAUUCAGGGCUUCUUCUCCUGGUCCUCCCACACAUCCUUCUAGGUAACACCCUUUACCCACCGUGCUUGAGGCUUGUAAUAAUGGCUCUGAAAAGGGUCACCAGAAGAGAGGAAUACUCGCACUUGCUGAAGAAUUUCAAAGACGUGGGGUAUGAUCACAUGCUUUCUGCUCUUCAUUGUUGCCUCCUGGUUGCAACUGUGUUGGGUUUCAAUCUUGUUCAGUUUGUGAUGUUUUGCUCUGUGGAGUGGAACACCAAAAUCAUGGAGGGUUUGAAUGUGUAUGAGAAAGUGGUGGCGUCGUUGUUUCAAGUCACAAACGCGAGACACUCUGGUGAAUCUGUCUUUGAUCUCUCCUCCAUAUCUUCAGCCAUAUUGGUACUCUUCGUUGUCAUGAUGUACCUCCCACCAUACACAACAUUUUUACCAGUAAGAGAGCACGAAAAUGAUGUGAAGAGAAACGAAAAAAGCGUAGUGGAGUGUCUUGUAUUCUCUCAACUCUCUUACUUGGUCAUUUUCAUUAUUUUGAUUUGCAUCACUGAGAGCAACAGCUUAAAAGAGGAUCCCCUCAACUUUAAUGUGUUGAACAUCACCCUAGAAGUCAUCAGUGCUUAUGGGAACGUAGGGUUGUCAAUGGGAUACAGCUGUGCUAGGCAAUUGAAACCUGAUGCGACGUGCAAAGAUUCAUGGGUUGGAUUCUCCGGAAGGUGGAGUAGCAAAGGCAAGUUCAUCCUUAUCUUGGUCAUGUUCUUUGGGAGACUCAAGAAAUUUAACAUGAAAGGUGGCAAAGCCUGGAACCUCUCCUAGCACGGUGAUAUAUAUGAACACUACUCUCUAGCUUGCUAACUUUGUUCUCAAUUCCUGCACUGCAUGUGUAUGAGUGUAUUAAGAUAGAUUCAGAUGGGAAAUUAUUAUAUAGUCUGUGUCACUAUAGUUCAACCAGUCUUAAUAUUCCAACUAUGUUAUUAUAUAAUAAUAGGUUGUAAUUAUGGAUAUGUAGUGGUCCGAGACCAUAAAAUAAUUUUUGCUAAAAGAUAGUGAUCGAGAUUCUACUUUCAGAAAUAACACCAAUGUACAAAUUAGUCAAAUGUAGAAGCAUCUCGAUCUGGAUAUGGAGUCUUAUAUCCUUUUCUUUUCUCCACUUGUGUCCUCUUGUCAUACUUAUAUUUAUAUAUACUAAGUUAAUUAGUGAAAAACAUUUUGUAUA